ACCCUAAAGUUUGAUACCCAUAUUGCCCCAACUCUUAUGGUUCGGCAAAUGUCCCCCCAUCGGAACAUCCGCGGGGCCUCCGGCCACUCCGGAUUGUGGCCACUACUGCCGAAAUGUCAAAUUUCAUAUCCAGUAUCAAAAACCCUAAAGUUUGAUACCCAUAUUGCCCCAACUCUUAUGGUUCGGCAAAUGUCCCCCCAUCGGAACAUCCCCGGGGCCUCCGGCCACUCCAGGUGGUGGCCACUACUGCCGAAAUGUCAAAUUUCAUAUCCAGUAUCAAAAACCCUAAAGUUUGAUACCCAUAUUGCCCCAACUCUUAUGGUUCGGGAAAAGUCCCCCUAUCGGAACACCCGCCGGGGACUCCGGCCACUCCAAGUGGUGGCCAAUUCCAAUUCCCGCUCAUGCCGGCUGGCAUGUCUUGGCGUGUCCAUGCCUCCAGGCUAUCUGCUCCCGGGCCUCCAGGCCGUCUGCAAACGGGCCACCAGGCCAUCUGCUCCUGAUGUGUUCUCGUCGACGUCCAGCAACAGAAUGAAUUUUCGGGACCGACCGAGCCGAGUUUUGUUAAUUUAGAUCGGGGACGUAUGCCCCGCCUCUUUGCACCCAUUCUCCUACAUCUCCUUAUUCGCUUUUUGCCGCGUCGACGAUCCGAAAAUUAUGAGGUAGAGUGGGGGUGAUUUUAGAUACAUCAAUCUCACGUCUCUAUAUUGACUGAUUGGGAAACGUUUGUUCAACCAACCAGCGUGCACCAAAAAGAGGGGAAAUUUGCCGAGAGGGGAAUUCGUUACGUAACGUUUUCGCUUCGCGAAAAUUUUGGAUUGACACCCCGUAUAGAAACCUUAGGACAAAGUUCUUUGUCAAAAUUGGGAAUUAACCUAAAUUAUAAAAAUAUUGAACAAUAAAUAAGUUCAUAAAUUAUAUUAAAUAUUUUGACAGCUCCGACUCCAGCUCCGACUCCGGGUCUAUCAGAAAUUUACGACUCCGGCUCCGACUCCGACUCCAGCUGAUCGAGUUUUGACGACUCCGACUCCGACUCCGACUCCAGGUCCCCAAAAAGACCCGACUCCACCGACUCCGGCUCCGACUCCGGCUCCGACUCCGACUCCACAGCCCUGCUGAGAAUCACGCAGUUGAAAAGGGCAGAAUAUUAGGAGAUGAUAUUUCGGGCAUGAUAAUUGUAGUUGCUGAGAAUUGAAAGUAUGAUAUUUUUAUAUCCCUGAACCGUACGCUUUUUCUCGUUUACGAGGCGAUGCUCGGUCUUCUUUGGUGGACUAAUCACGUUGCAAGGAUGUUCGUAGACAGUUCCUUUGAAAAGAUCUUUGGCCGCAACCAACUCAAAGACGAUAGAAGAAAAAAAAAAAGCUGGCUACUAAGAGCUUAGGAUGGAGGAAAAGGGAGGAGUUAUAUGCUUAUUGGUAUAGUAUGUUUUGCUGAAUUUUGGAGUUGAACGUGCUGAGAAUAGAACUUGCAUUUACAACUGAGAUGUUCGAUAAUUGUAGGGUGUUUGGUAGAGAAUUCCCAUCGUUGACCAUUACAUGAAAUCAGUUUUGCUUUAAUGAAAAAAACGGUAUAUUUCUGCACAGUAAACUAAAUAAUAAUAAAAAAAAAAGGUUUUUAGGAAGCAGUGCCAAAUAAGAGAGGGUGGUAAUCUUAACCUGGUUUGGAAAGGAAGAUUCAGUUUGUCCGUGAAGAAAGUAUAAUUAUUAUUUAAGAGAGAGUAAAUUGAUUGAUUCCUAAGUUGCGAUUGCUGUGCAGGAGAUUCCCUUCAUUGAGACUGUUGAAUUAUCUGGUAUUCUACACUGAAGUAACAUCAGUAUUUGAUGGUACUGAUGCAUGAAAGAAUGCAAGCAAUCUUAGUAUAUUGCCAUCGUUAGUAGAGUGUAAAAAAAAAGUUUUAUUUUUCUUCGAGAAGAGUUGUAUUUUGGAAUCGCAUGAAACAUAUUAGUUUUAGGCAUAUUUAUUCUAGCAAUUCUUCUUGCAAUGUUUGAGAGUCAAUUCAUGGGAGAAUUUAGAGCAUUGCGCGUUUUGAAUAAUCAUAUUCUAGUUGUUUUUGUCUGGUGUGGAUAGAAUUAAGUUUAAUAAAAGAGCAUCAUACAAUCAACCAUCAUAAAAAUAGGUUCUGUGAAUUCACUAACUUUAGUUCUAAUGUUUAUAUCUUCGUAUGUGUUCUAUUUAAAAAAAAGUCGGAACAUUUGUUAUGAACAUGAAGAAGGCUAUUGUUCUAGAGUAACAGCGAAUGUCGCUAUGAUUGUUUAAUUAUUUACUGAAAAGAUGAGUAUAGAAUCAGCACGAAAUCUAAUUAAAAUGAGGAGUAGUUUAAGAGUCUCACGAGUCGCGCUUAAUAGCAUACCAUAGCAUAGCAUAACGAUUCGCGCUUAAUUCUUCAUUAAUAAUCUUCUGCAUUAUGGUUUUACAAUAGGCUAACCUCAAGUAAGUUCGUGGAGCGAAUGAAAAUAUACCAUUUUGGAGAUUGGUUCUAGAACAGAGCUUAACAGUAAAUGAGACAGCCAUUUGUGUUUUAAUAAGGUAAGAUGGGGGUGUAGGGUCCUAUGCGACACAAGUCAAACUUGCAUGCGUAUAUCGCGCUUGCAUCACACCUUGUAUGCAACCCAUGCAUUAUUGCGGAUUAUGACAGAAGAGCGCGUGGUGGAUUAUUGUUAGUAAGCCACCGGCCUGAGCAGAGGGAAUAAUUGUGAGUCGUACGGACAGACGCGAUGAAUCGAUGGCUAGCGGGCGGACGGGUGGAAGGCCAUCACAAAACAAUAGUUGUGCGCACGGAGCGAGACACAGAGAAUAAUUAGGACUCUACAGUGUGCCAACUGCUCUGGAGUCCACGAAGCCACGGACCGCAGCUGCCCCAAGCGCGCGGACUUCAUCCAGAGGCGCCAGCAGGCGUCGAAACCGAAACCGCCGGCAAGGAAGGCGGAGAAGCAGAGUCCAGCAGUUCCGGCGUUCACGCCGGCGGAGUUCCCUCCGCUGCCGGGCGCAGUCUUGGACGUGAAGCCAAAGGAUCGCCCUCGACCCGCAGCAGUCAAGUAAAUACCGGCUCCGGCGCCGGUGCCACCCCUACGGCGGUAGGAGAGGAGGUGCUCUACAGUUCGACUGAGCUGUGGCACAUUUUCAACGAGUACAGCGCCAGGUUCCAGACCUGCAAGACCCGCAUGGACCAAUUAAGAAUUUUUAGCUACAUGCUCGGCAAAUACGGAGCAAAAUGAGCAUUUUUUUUUUUGUAUUCUAUAUUAUUUUGAACCGUCCCUCGGUCCUAACCUGGUCACAGCCUUGGUCACAGCACCUAAACUGACCUAAUAAAAAUAAGUUGAGAAUAAAAAAAUGUGUUUUUAUUGGUGAGUUGCACAAUCCCAUCGCAAAACCCGCUUUAAUCCCACCUGGGGUGAGAUAUAGCCUUUCUUACAAAAGGAAGAUAACGGCAGUUAAUUUUCAAAGGAAUAGCUAAAUAAAGAAUUGUGCAUAAAUGAAUCAAUACAAAAACAAAUCUGAUUUAUUUAUAUAAUUGAAAAGCGCUUUUUUUUGCCCCAUACGCCAUGGCGGGGUGUAAGCAGUACUCACUCAAAAGCAUUUUCGAUUUUUAAAAUCAGAACAACUUAUUUUUGAGGCAAUUUGCGAUGUACGUAAUGUUUUCUGCAUAUCGCUAAAUUGAGCAUAAGCAUGAGCAUGAGAGACCACCCAUGGUUGUCCUUCUCCGUUGCUGAUAAGGACCGUUAUAUGCUAUCAGCACAACCAAUCAUACGCUUUAACGAUCUAGUGGUGUUUCCCUUAUCAACAGCAUGCAUGAAUGCGCUGAAAAGAUAAAACACCAAGGUCGCUGAAACACGAAUGUAUGCAAAUAGGUAACAGUCAUUGGCCACCAACGGCGCCCGCCAUGUCAGUUUGUAGAUCUCGAGGGAACGGGACGGGAAUGUUAGUUAGCACAGGCUGCUACCAAGGGUGGGUUCUAUACGAUAUCCACACCCCCGCGUGUGCCGGAAAACUACUUCUACUUGGGAUUUUGUUAGUAGGGAAGGGUAAUGGUCAGGAUUCAUCAUAGAAGAUGAUGAUGUGACCCAAAUAAUCGUAUAUUUUUAUUAGUUUAAAUAUUAUUCUCAAGGCAAGCAAUCGGAUGCUGCUGUUGAGACAAUUCCCGUUUAUUUGAUAUGGAGUUAUAUAAAUGGUACACAGCUAAAAAAGUAGUAAUCCAGCUGCGUGUAAAAUGCCAGGGUGUAAAAUAAAUAUUGCAUUAUUUCAUGCAAUUUUAUGUGAUUUUACACCCUGAAAUAUGUAACCCAUCAGUAUGGGAAACCUACUUGACCGAAUUGUCAAGCUAAUAUAUGCGUUUAUCCUUACAGUUUUUCAUCGGUCUGAUGGCCGAGUGGGAUAAGGCGCCAGUCCUUACUAUUGGUGCUGUGUUUGAAUCCCGUCGGUUGCAACUUUUUUUUGUGUUUGCAAAAAAUGUACAUGCAGUGUGUAAUAUUAAGUGUUUAUUUUGACGAAGGUUAUGUGCAUGCUUUUGCAUGCGAUUUUACCAUCGAUUUUUUUGCUGCACAGCAAAAAAAGUAGUAAAAUGCUUGCAUGUAAAACAUCGAAAUGUAUUUUUAUAGUUGUAAAAUUACACAUUUAUUCAGCACACCGAUUUAUAAAAAAUACUAACACCAAUUACUCAAGAAACGUGUAAUAUUGCUAAAAAAAAUUAUGCAAUAUUGCUCUCAAUGUUGUGUACAACAUUCGCUGCCUAUUUUUGUGUAAAAUUACCGAAAAUUCAUGUAGUUGACUUUGACAGUUCUAAUCGUUGAACAGAUGAAGAAAUGUCAUUUGGAAUUUCCACUUGGAGCCAUUUGGAUGUCGUAAGUAGUUUUUCUCCGCUUUGAUUUUUCAAAAUAAAAGAAUUAUCAACUUUUUACAGAUAACAUUUUUGCUGCUAAAGGCAAAUCCGCUUCGUGGCCAACUCUCCUUCCGUGGCCAAGUUGCUGAUGAUCGAGAACGACCCGGGAGUGGACAAGGCGAACUUCUUCUUCCUGGCCAACCAUCCAUCCAUUUUCUUCGUGGCCAAGAUUCGGAUGAUCACAAACGACCCGGGAGUGGACGAGGUGCGCAAUUUCAUCGUGGCCAACCAUCCCGCCGUGGCCAAGUUGCUGAUGAUCGAGAACGACCCGGGUGUGGAAGAGGUGCGCAUCCUCUUCGUGGCCAACCUUCCAUCCGUGGCCGAGAUGCUGAUGAACGAAAACGUCCCGGGAGUGAACAAAGUGCGCAUCCUCGUCGUGGUCAACCUUCCGAGAACGACCCGAGAGUGGAAGAGAUCUGGUUAGAUUUUCACCAAUCAACGCCGGGAGUUCGAUUAGCUGCGAUAUUCAGGACUUUUUAUUCCUCGGCCACGAAACAUUCGAUCGAGAGGAAGAUUGGCCGCAAAGAGGAACCACACCCGGUCCUUUUCGAUCAUCAGCACCACGACCACGGAUGGAAGGUUGGCCAGGAAGAAGAUGUUCGCCUCGUCCACACUAGGGCUGUUCGCGAUCAUAUCGUUCACAACCGAGCAUCCACCGGAUGCUGCUCCAAGAAUUUGGGACGUCGCUUGAUUCCGUGGUGGCGCGGAAUAUACUGCGCUGCGUCGAAAAUCUGGCCUGUUUACAUGGUAGAACAACUUUAUUACUAAUAAAUCACAAAUUUUCUGCGCAAUAAAUGAAAUUGAAAAAAAAAUCGGUUUGUUUAUGUUUAAAUUGUCAUUUCUAAUCAAAAAUAACCAACUCGAUAUCUAUCCCUGGGGUCAAAAUGGGGUUUGUGUAAUAUCACACUUUUUUCAGAGUACAUUCGUAGAUGUAAUUUUAAGUGAUUUUUUUUCACAAAGGUGAUGUGCAUGCUUUUGCAUGCGAUUUUACCAUCGGUUUUUUUUUCUGUGUAUGGAUCAUUUUUCGUUUUUUCACUAACUGCAACUGUUGCACAAAAAUGGUAUGAAAAUACCAAAUUUUGGUAUUAUUUGUGCAAAUACCAGCGACCAAAAUAUGCUCUUGGUUGCCCAAUAAUAGAUGGUAAAAUACCAUGAAAUAAUACUAAAAUCAUGUAGGUGGAAGACCACAGGAAUACCAAAAUCU